CAGAAACACAGAGACGCAGCGUGUGAGAGAUCACUUCUUCUCUUCAGGACGUUAAACCAUCAGGAACCAUGCUUCUCCUGAGCUUGAUGUGUUUGCUGCUCGCCGCGGCCCAGAAUCCCGCCGGAGGUCAAGAAAUACAGAUCAUGGGAAAUAGUGUCAUACUGAUCUGCUCUGGAGCGGUGGAUGGUCAUGUAAAGUGGUACAAUGAAGGCAAAACGUUUAAAGAAGAACAUGUAAAUAAGAGCUAUGAGGUUCAGGCCAUUCAGGAAACAGUUAAAGGAUGGUACAGCUGUGAAUACGGCGAAGUACAGCACACAUUCUACCUCAAAGUUAAAGUGUGUGAGAACUGCUAUGAGCUGAGCGCUUUGAGAGCGUGGAGCGUCAUACUCGGUGAUUUACUCAUCACAGCUGGAGUUAUCCUCAUCGUCUACUACCUUUCUACCAGAAACAGCAGCAGCACACAGAAGAAAGCCUCAAACUCGCGGCCGGUAAACCCUCCUCGACCUCCCAACCCAGACUAUGAGGCUCUGGACCCGAAGAUGCGGAGCAGCAAUGCUCUGUACGCCGGCCUCAAUAAAUAGAAGCUGUCCAGACGUCUGCAUGACUGGAAAUCAAACGCUUGUUCCACUGUACAGCUUUAUAUAGGAGUGUUCAGUGUUUUAUACAGUAACUGUUCUUUUAUAUACUCUGUGUGUGUGUGUGUGUGUGUGUGUGUGUGUGUGUGUGUGUGUGUGUGUGUGUGUGUGUGUGUGUGUGUCUGUGUGCGUGUGUGUGUGUGUGUGUGUGUGUGUGUGUGUG